AUGAAGCUCUCGGCAAUUUUCGUUGCAGCCAUGCUGUCCGGGAUGGCUGCUGCCGCCUUUGACGAUAAAGGUUGCGCAGAGGAUGUCAAAGAUAACUGCGGUAGCUGCACAACCUGCCGAAACGAAACCGGCGAAUCUCUCAAGGCCUGCCACAGACAGUAUAACGACUGCGUUCGGAGCCUUGCAGACUAUUAUGGCGCCAGCUUGUCACAGUGUACCCUCGGUGGUAAUCUUUGCCAUCCCGAAUAG